UAGUAUGAAAAUUGUUGUAACAUACGAUAGACUGCCGGUGACCACGUUGUCAGGGCCCAAUGAAAACUGUAGUAUAAAUGAUCGGCUUCCUGUGACGCAAAAGGUCACUGUCAAAACACCACCGAGUAAAGUGUAAAAAAAAAAGCACUCGUGUAUCAAAUAUAUCAUCAAUAUAAAUUAUCGAUAAUUAUUUAAUUUUCAUUUAAACACAAGAUGUGAAAUUAAUUUAUUACGGAGAUCUCAUUCAUUAAAAUAACUGUUAUCAUGAACAUGUGUACGAGCGGUUGAACUACAUCGAUAACAUACGAAUAAUAAUAUCUCACCGUAGAGGAUCGUUUUUCAAAACAUUGAGAUCAGUUGAAACGAGUGAAAUUGUGAGGUGGGAGAGAGAGGGCAUUGGACAGGACAGAACAGUGAAUAGGAGGAGAGGAUCCCUUGUGCAUUUUGUGUUGCCACACACACCCCGGGAGACCCUGCUUUGUCCCCCCCCCCCCCCCUCUUCGACCCGUAAAUGCGCACCGCCAAGAAAAGCCGGUCCGACGCCGACUAAUACCGUGUGUUUCUACCCCAGUGUCAGUUCGCUCGAAAACCUCGGGAGAGUAACAACGUACCGAGAGAGGAGUGAACUCGGAAAAAGUGAAUCAGCAAAUUGACAGUUAUUUGUCAGAUAACAAUAGAAAAAGGAAGUAGGAUUAAGUGACAAUGGCGUACGACGAUGUAAUAUUACGAAUGGGAGAGUUUGGGAGAUAUCAGCGAAAAAUUUAUCUUCUUCUGUGCCUACCAGCGAUAGUAUGCGCUUUACACAAACUUGCAGGUGUCUUCCUGGGAGCUUACAACCCUCACAGAUGUUUACUGCCACAUGAAUUUUCAGAAAAUGCAACAUUCUACAUGAGUCCUGCGGCAUUAAACGCUAGUUACGCGUGGGAUCCAAAGACUCAAAAAAGUUUAACAUGUAUUAUACGUGAUAACGUGACAAGACUGCACGAAAUAUAUGAAAAUAAUGUGAAUGAUACAAAUGACAUAACGAGAACAACGGUACAUAAGAGUUGUCGGGAAUUUGUCUACGAUACCAGCAUCUACAAAAGUACAACUACUACCGAGUGGAACUUGGUAUGUGAUAGAGCUUGGCUGCGAGCAACGGGUGAUUCUGUGUUCAUGGUAGGAGUCAUGAUUGGCUCAAUGAUAUUUGGUGGUUUGUCCGAUAAAUAUGGACGUAGACCAAUUUUCUUCCUGUCUUUAGUCAUUCAACUGGUAGGUGGUAUUCUCGUUGCUAUUGCACCAGAGUACAUAACCUACCUCACCUUCAGGAUGAUAGUCGGCUCGACAACCAGCGGAGUGUUCCUGGUGGCCUAUGUCAUCGCACUUGAGAUGGUUGGACCGAAGAAACGACUUGUUGCUGGUGUUGGGUGUCAAUUGUUCUUUACAGCUGGAUACCUCAUGACUGCUGGAUUUGCUUACUACAUAACUGAUUGGAGGAUACUGCAAAUUGCGAUCACAAUACCCAGCUUUGCGUUCCUCGUUUACUGGUGGUUCAUCCCAGAGUCAGCACGUUGGUUGCUGACCAAGGGUAAAAUUGAGGAGGCAAAGGAUCUUCUCCAGAAUGCGUCCAAAGAAAAUGGAAUUGAAAUACCACGUGACACCAUAGACUGCCUACUCAAUGACUCCACUGAGUCCAAGUCAACAUGUGAACAAGCUUCUUUGUUCGAUCUCUUUCGUUAUCCGAAUCUCAGGCGGAAAAGUGUCCUUCUGUUCUUCAACUGGCUGGUGAACAGUGGUACAUACUACGGUCUCUCCUGGAGUGCCUCAAAUCUCGGUGGCAAUGAUUACGUUAAUUUUCUGGUGUCGGGAGUUGUUGAGGUACCGGCAUACACAUUUCUCAUCUUUACACUAGACCGUUGGGGGAGAAAAAGUAUUCUUUGCGGUUGUAUGAUUGUGUCUGGUGUUGCACUUCUCCUGACAAUGGCUGUUCCUGAAGAUAAUACAACGGCUAUUGUUACAUUAGCGAUGGUUGGAAAAUUAGCAAUAACUUCGUCGUAUGGAGCAAUUUAUAUAUUUACUGCUGAGCAAUUUCCAACUGUCGUUCGCAAUGUUGGCCUUGGCGCGUGCUCCACGUUCGCCAGAAUUGGUGGGGUCAUUGCUCCUUAUAUCAAUUAUUUGUCUCUCAUCUGGACACCCUUCCCCCUGGUUAUCUUUGGUACCAGUGCCCUUUUGGGGGGUGUAGCAUCGUUGUUACUUCCUGAGACUCACAACAAAAAAUUACCCGAGACAAUUCGCGACGGUGAAUUAUUCGGAAAGAAAGAAAAUUGGAAAUCGAAAAAAGAGAAGCAGCGCCAACAACUUCAACAGCUAGACGCCCAACAAUUAACCGAAGUUGAAUCGAUAAAGCCACUUAAAGCUCUGGAGAACGGUGUCCACGAUUCAAAGCAAAAUGGAUAACCCACCUCUCACCGUAAUCCCUGAUAAAAUAACAAUUAAUUAUAAUCUCUCAGUAUUUUUUUUUUCUUUGCUACCACGACUCUACCCCUCUCUCGCGUCUCCUGAAUUCGAUCAGCGUGAUCAACAUUAAUUUGCAACAAUGUUAUCAACAGCUGUGUGAGUGUGUCUGUGGAGUGAUUAACAAUCGCUCAACAAAAUGAACGAAAAUAAAAACUGACGAAGUAAUUUUUAUAAGGAAUAGUUACUGUCUAUACGGCAUUUUGAAAAUUCUUUGUUAUACGAAGGCAUUUCAUUUUUAUAAGCGUAUUAUAGUUGAAGUUAUUGUAUACGUACAAUUGUCAUUGUACUUGUAUAAUUCAUUUGGCGGACUGCAUUUUUGAUACACGAAUGAAAAAAUAAACAAUUUGUUGAAAUGAAACU